AUGAAUGGGGUCUCCGGAAUACGCCCUAGGUAUAAACGAUAUCGAGGACGCGGAGUACGCUUUGCCUUGGAUGAGCUGUUACCAGCAAGGCAACUUGUUGGAAACUUUCCAAGUGAUAUAACGGCUGUUACGGGCUUAAGACAUAGAGGAACAUAUUUUACACCUCGAUCGGGGACAUCUCAUAGGAUUGAGACGAGGAGCGGGGAGGGCGAGGGGCGUGCGAUGGACGCGGGGCGCUGCAUUCCGGGUCACGCCCUCCCCUCCGCAGCCGCGCCGACUCACUUUCGCUUCUCGGCGGCCUCGGAGCCUGGUGGACGGUGCCGCACUGCGCUCACAUCUUCGGCUCGGGGGCCGAAUUUGGCGCCAAAUGUCUGCCAGCGGCGUCGGGGCCGCUGCAGCCACAGCGCGUGGACCGCCGGCGCGGCGCUGGGGCCCUUCCUUUCCCUUCCCUUCCCUUCCCUUCUCUCCCUGGAAUGCGCGCGCACCUGCUGCCCACGCCAGCGCAGCCCAGCGCAGCCCAACCCAGCCCACGGCGCGGCGGCCGCUCUUAGGGCGGAGGCGACGGCGACGGCGACGGCGACGGCGACGGCAGCGGCGGCCAAGCGGCCGCCGCCAGCGCGACCGCCUCCCUCGCUGGUGGGCGCCGACGCGCGAGAGAUUGUUGCAGCAUCCGCCGCCCUCUCCUUCGCCGCAACCUGCCGCUCGCCCUCCCGCGCCCCCCCUCCUCCUCCUCCUCCGCCGCCGCCUCGCGAGCGGAGAGAGGCCGGCGACCGCCAACGCCAGCCGCCGCACGCGCCCCCCAAACGCGCCGCGGUGCGCUCUCCCUUACGCAACGCCCACCCGGCCAGCGCUCCAAAGGAAUUCCUACCUUCUCAAUUGGGUUAA